AUGACAAACGAAGUAACAUCCACUUUUGAAUUCACCCUCCCUGAGCAUGUAAUAAAGGAUUGUAAAACUUAUUACACUUCACCUUUUUCAAGCAGCUCCAAUGCAUUUUGGCAAUUAAAAUUUAGUGGUUCGGGUAAAAGUUCAAGAGCCUUCACAAUAGAUUUAAUUGCGAUAGCCAACCGAGAAGAUCAAUUAUCGGAUAAUAUUUGGAAAGAUCAUUCCAGCGUUUUUCAAAAAAUAUAUUGUAAAGUUUCGGAAAAUAAGAUAUUGGAUGAGCGAUAUAUUUGUGCAAAUUUUUCUCGAUAUCAUAAUAUUCACCGCGCUCUAUUUUUCCUUCCUUGCCCAUAUAAAAAAUUAAUUAUCGGUGUCACUUUCAUAGGAUCAAGCCUUGAGUUGAAUUCUUUUGAAGACUCGAAUAAACGCGUUACAAAUCAAAACAAGAUAAUCUCCAUGUGGUCUGAUGAGUUUUACGAUCGUGAAGCCUCGGAUGUACAAUUUAACGUCAAUAAUGGUGUCAUCUUUGCACGAAAAUCAAUUCUCACAAGUAGAUCAAAGUAUUUUCAAAAUCUAUUCAAAGAAGGCGGACCCGAACUGAUUAAGGUCAACAAAAAAGGUUCUCAUUACAUUUUAGACGUUCCUGACUUUUCUUCAAAGAUUCUUCUUACAAUGUUAAACUUUUUAUAUACUGAUGAACUGAUACUCCAUGAUGAACGUGAUAUUAUGAAAUUGUUCAUCAUUGCUGAAAAAUUCUUUAUUACAAAUCUCAAGGAACUUGUAAAGUUUGAAAUUGUGAAGAGAUUAACACCAAAAAGUUCGAUCGGAUUCUUAUUUUUCAACGCUUGGAAAUCAGAAGAUCUAAAAAAUGAGGUCAUCGAAUAUAUAUGUAGAAACUUUGAUGUUGUACGUGAAACGGAGGAGUUCAAAAAUAUUGGUUCAAUAACUUCAGGUCAUCCUGCAGGUGUUAGAAUCAUGCAAGAAUUAUUAUUAAGAAUUAUCUAA